AUGUCGCAACGCCGCAAAGGAAGGCAGGCACUCGCUGGAGCGGGACACCAGUCGACUGCAGCAUCCUCCUCGAAGAAGAGCCUGCAGCAAUCGUCUCCGUCUCUUGUAUCCGUGAACCUUGCACCGGUAUCCCUGGUCUCCCGCGACUGGGCACCCCUUGCGAUCAUCACCUUUGCCGUGACGAUAUUACAGAUUAUCGGCCUGUAUCUAUUCAGCAGCGGGUUCUUGUUGACCCGCUUGGAACUGUCUACGCGAAGCGAAUGCAUCAGACCCGACUCGGUUACAGCUGAAGUCGGCUCCUGGUGCAACCAUCCACCUCGAUACAAGCGAGCGGUGUUCAUGGUGCUUGAUGCCCUGAGAUAUGACUUUACUCUAUACAAUGAGACCCUUGCGGAAGCUCUGGCAUCUGGGGCGGACAACAGCACAGUACCGUUCUAUGCGAAUAGGCUGCCCAUCUUGCAUGAAACACUGCGAGGGCACCCUCAGAAUGCUCUUCGAUUCCGAGUGCGUGCAGACCCUCCGACCACCACAUUGCAGCGAUUGAAAGCUUUGACCACAGGAACGCUACCCACGUUCGUAGACGCUGGCAGCAACUUUUUCGGACAGGUCAUCGGCGAAGAUAGCAUUGUCGACCAGUUCAGUCGAAACAACAAGCGGAUAACCUUCAUGGGCGACGAUACGUGGGAGAACAUGUACCCAGGUGCUUUGAACGAAAGCUACCCCUUCCCGUCUCUGGAGGUCUGGGAUCUCCAUAGCGUUGAUAAUGGCAUUUUGGAACAUCUUGAUCCCGUAUUGGAUCGGACGCCGAAAGACUGGGAUUUGCUGAUUGCACACUUCCUCGGAGUGGAUCAUGCGGGGCAUAGAUACGGCCCUGACCAUCCCGCAAUGGGCGAUAAGUUGACCCAGAUGAACGGAAUCAUCAAAAACCUGAUUAGCAAGAUAGAUGAAGAAACGGUUCUCUUCAUCAUUGGGGAUCACGGGAUGGAUGACAAGGGAGACCAUGGAGGUGAUAGCGAGAAAGAGGUCAACGCCGGCCUUUUCAUCUACAGCAAGAAGCCCUUGAUCGAAACCCGAAACAAACAUGCGGAGGAGUUCGAUCCCUUUGUUUACCUCGACGGUGCGCGCACAACUCCACAAAUCGAUUUCGUGCCCACAAUAUCAAUGUUACUUGGCGUCCCCAUACCGUUCGGCAACCUCGGAAACGUGAUUGCCGAAUGUUUCUUUGUCGAACAAGACGGAAGAUCGCCCUCACAGAACCUGCUGGCAGCUGCGCGCAUCAACGCGCGGCAGAUAUAUACCUACAUCCGCGAAUACAGCCAGCAGCGCCUCGCCGCUAAAAUGGCCAUCCACGAGCUGGAGGAUGUCUUCCAAGCGGCGGAAGAUGGUUUCGAAGCGCUCCCAGAAAGCGCGAGCUUUGAGCAGGUCCAGGAGGUCUAUCUGCAAUAUGUUUUCUUUGCCAGGAAGGCCCUCGUGGCGGCUCGGAAGUUGUGGGUGCGCUUCGAUGUUCCGUUGAUUGCCAUGGGAUGCGUGGAGCUUCUGCUUACGAUUGUGUCGCUUAUCACGUAUGCGGCCGUUCACUGGGCUUCCGAACGACCGGUGCCAUGGAUCGUCGCUGGAUCUGGAGCGGCGCUAGGGGCUGGGCUGGCUUGGAGUCAAACGUUCCACAAACUGUUGAUCUCGUUCGAGAAUGUCGGGGACAGCGCUCUGCAGCCAACGCAUGAGUAUCUAUUUUCGACAACAUUUGGACUCAUGGUCGCGUAUCUUAUCGGCACCCUCGUUCAGUGCGCGCCCUCGCUGUCGAAAAGACCGACAUCAGCCCGGGUAACGACCUGUGUCGGUAUCGUGUUAAUUCUCCUCCACACGAUCAUCCCCGCCUCGGACAGCUUCACGGACUGGGAAGAUGCCAUCACGGUCUACUUGCUGCAAGCUUUUGGACUCGUCAACCUGAUAUGGGCCAUUGCCGUCGAAAUCGACGCUGUGCGGGAUAAUCUGAUCUUGCUCUCCGCUGGGUUCAUGGUCCUGACGCGCAUCAGCCAGUUCUCAAAGAUCUGUCGUGAGGAGCAGCAUCCGUGGUGUAUCCCGACGUUUUACUCUUCACCGCACUCGUCGAUCGCCGCCCCGUACAUGGUGGUCCUGUUGAUGCUCAUCAUACCAGUGGUCUCAUUAGCCCUUUUAAAAUCACUACGAUCCUCGGAUAACGAUCAAGCCAUGGGAAAAACCGUCCCCAAAGCCCUGUUACCGCUUACGCUCUUCGUCUCGGCAUUGUACUGGGCACUGGACACUCUAGACAACCAGCACAUCGCAGCCUAUGACCCGAUGAACCUCCCCGAAGUGAAAUUCUGGGUCGCUCGCCUGGGCAUGUGUUCCACCGGCCUAGCGAGCCUGUUUGCAUGGACCUCCGCCUCACGCUGUGUGGGAAUCGAGCUGAUCCAGACAUCGGAGAUGGACCAGAGCAAACGCGCUGUGUGUUUCUUGGGGAUCCCGAACGCGGUUGGAGGGUCGUAUCUGGUCUUUUUGGCCGUGGCGUACACCGUUCUGAGUUUCUUUCAGAAACCGAUGGGCGGGGUGAUGCUUGGAGUUGCGUUCUUGCAGAUCUUGUGUUUGUUGGAAAUGCUGCAUCUUUGGAGGGACAAGGCUUCCGGCUCGAGUAAACCAGAAGUCCCAACAACCCCCUGGAUCUUCUUCUUCCUCGUCGCCAACUACCUCCUCGGCUGGCGCUAUUAUUUCGCCACCGGCCACCAAAACACGCUCUCGAGCAUCCAAUGGGACAUUGGCUACGUCGGCGUCAAACAACUCACCUGGUCCAUCUCCCCGCUCCUCGUCGUCCUCAACACCUUCGCCGGGCCACUCCUCUUCGCACUCGCCGCGCCGCUGUACGCCAUGUGGAAGCGCCCGCUGUUACGAGGGAACGAAGGCAAAUUCGUGAGGGAUGUGGGGAUGGCGGUGUUGAUGCAGCUUGCGAUGGUGGGUGCUACCGCUGUCGCUGCGACGUGUAUGGCGGGGCAUUUUAGGAGGCAUUUGAUGGUGUGGAGGGUGUUUGGACCAAAGUUCUUUUUCACGGCUGUGACGGCGGUUGUUGUCGACUUGGUGGUGCUGGUGUUUGGGACUGGGGCGAUUGCCAUUGCCGUGAAGGGGUAUGCGAGUUAUCUGUUGACGAUGAAGGAGUAUGGGGUCAUCAAGUAA